GCUAGCACGUUUAGCUUGUUAUUGUAAAUAUAGCGACGCUAUUUGACGUUUGUGCACUGAAGAGAUUUAUGUUAAUUUUAUGAACAGUCAUACAUAUUUAACACGGCCACGGUCUUGCUCAUAUUUAUUUUAUUUAACGGGGGGUUUUGAUAGAAAACGUUAGCCUCAGUGUCAGCAGACGGGGUCUCGUGAUGCGCUGCUGCCAUGAUCGGCCGACCGAGUCGCCCCUCUUCAACUAGUUGUCUGUAGGGCAGCAACUUGAGCAAUAUUCACUUCUCACCGUGUCUCUACGACUAAAACUUUAAACCGACCGUUUUGACUAAACUCUCGGUGGCGUUAACCCGGAACGACUCGGCACGAAAGCUUCAAAUUUAAAUGUCUGUUUGUUGACGGUUAUUAACGUUAACGUUUGAGCGUUCCAUCAACGGUUUUCGGAAUGUUUGCGUAAACGUUACUUUAACGUUUUCUAGUGUGGUAGCGUAGCUAGGCGACACAUUUGGAAAUAUCGAAACUUUAAUUGGGGAUUUCCAUCUUCAUGCUUCACUAAAGUUGCACAGGCUCACCAGUGAAGAUGCCUCUGAUACCAGUUGUGCCAGAGAACCACAGUCAUGUACUGGCAGAGUUUGACUGCCUCGAUCCACUUCUGUCUGCUCUCCGAUUAGACUCCGGCAGGCUCAAGUGUACAUGUUUGGCCGUGUCAAGGAAGUGGCUCGCAUUAGGAACAUCAGCAGGAGGGCUGCACCUGAUUCAGAGGGAGGGCUGGAAACAAAGGCUCAUCCUCACACACAAGGAGGGCUCAAUCACUCAGGUGGCAUGCUGCCCUCAUGAUGAAGACUUUAUCGCUGUUGCAACAAGUCAGGGUCUGGUGGUGGUGUGGGAGCUGCAGCUAGAGCGGCGGGGUCGUCCAGAGAGAGUCAGCGUGUCCUGGGAACACCGAAGUCAGGCCGUCACUGCACUCUGCUGGGACACCAGCACACUCAAAGUUUUCGCUGGGGACUCAGGAGGCAAAGUGUCUGUUCUCCGUGCAGGAUCCUCCAAGCUGGGCAAGGGUGCAGCAUUCGUUAUCUUCCCCGUUCAAACCGUCACCACAGUUGACUCCAGAGUGGUUCAGCUCGGGUACCAAGAUGGCCGUCUGUUGGUGUCUUCCCUGAGCCGCUGCUACCUCUGUGACACAGAGAGGGAGAAAUUCUGGCGUGUUGGAAAUAAGGAGCGUGAUGGAGAGUACGGAGCUUGUUUUUUCCCUCAGAACAGGGGAUUGUUAGUUGGCCAGCCCCCCUUGCUGUACUGUGCCCGGCCGGGAUCCAGAAUAUGGGAGGCCAAUUUUAAUGGCGAGGUUCUGAGCACCCAUCAGUUCAAACAGCUGCUGGCCUGUCCUCCUCUACCGCUCAUCACUAACAGAAAUGAGCCACAUUACAACCCAGUCCAGAAGAGCUCCCAAUCCAUCGCCUUCCCUAAACUGCUUUAUUUCGGAGAUCAAAACCUGCUGACCUGGACUGAUUCAGCUAUUUAUAUCAUAACACCUCAGAAUGGACAAGUGCUUCUGUGGACAGAGGUCAAAGACUUGGUUGAGAUUGCAGUUUACCGCAACGAGCUCUUCUGUCUCCAUGGCAGCGGACGUCUGUCCCACCUCUCCCUGUUAUCUGCUGAGCGUUGUGUGGAGCGGCUGCUACGGCGUGAGUCGUGGCCUCUAGCUGCUGUAGUCUGCUGUAUGUUCCAGCACACAAUCAUCACCGGCAGGGCCAGGAAAUCAAUUCCCAUCGACCGCCUUGAACAUCUCAGGAGCCAGCUCAGUUCCAGCACGCACAUGGAGCUGUCUGGCCAGCUGGAGGAAGUCAUCACCAAACUGGAGCCUCUGGACUCGGCCUCCAGCAGCCGUAGAAGCAGCAUCUCCUCGCACGAGAGCUUCAACGUCCUGGACUGUGGAAUCUACCGUGUUAUCAGCCGCAGAGGGAGUCAGUCAGAUGAAGAGACGAGCUCCCUCAUCAAUCAUUCCAUGUCAGAGGAGGAGCGGCUCAAAGAGUUCAGUUUUGUUCAGGAGGAAGAUCAGGUGGAUCAGGAUCCACAGAACAGUGAGCGUACCGAAGCUGAGCGAUCUGAGCAAGGCCUGCAGUUCCACCUCCCCCUCUCAUUCCGCCCCAAACCCCCUCGCAUCGCACUGCAGGCCGUCAAAGACAGUGUUUCUAGUUUUGUUAAGAAGACAACAGAGAAGAUCAACACCCUCCAGAUGAACUCUGAGCUCUGGCAACGGCCUGAAUUCAGAGAGGGCGGACAGGCUGACGCAACACCUCCAUACUUGGAGGAAAUGGACAAUGAUGAAAUAUGUCGUCACAGAGUUUAUGAAGAAAUGCAAAACACAGAAGCCGACAUGCAGGACCUUCAAUCAGCAACAAAGCAAGCUAUCUCCCAGAUCCAGGAUCCUUUGGUGCUACUGGAUCCAGUCUGCCUAAGAGAAACACUGCAGGAGUGGUUGCCAGUGCUGGAACGUAUACUCGGACCUGAAGAGCACGGGUCAACAGAUGCGGGUGAUUCAAACAUAGAUGGACCAGGAGAAGAGAGGUGGGAGAGGGAUUAUCUAAACUCCUGCUCAGAGCAUCAAGAGGAGUCUUCCUGUUCAUCUGGAGAACCCACUGAGAGCACUAAAGAGGAGGAGAAGAAAGAUGAGACUCUUGAGGUCGUAAUAAAAGAGGACUCCACUGAGAAGCACCCGGAAGUUUCAAAUGAGAGCCCUGCAGAGCCAGUCCGAGUGGUGUCUCCCAAACCGCUACUGUCAGAUCUCCUGGCUAAUCUCACCCAGCUGGCAACGCUUUACACAGAGCUGAGCUGCUUCAGAAACCCGGAAAAUGAACAAGCUUUGGGGUGCACGACUUUCCUGCGUCGCUACUUCUUUCUGCUGGACCAAGAGAGAGUGAGAAGGAUGUGUCUGCUGUGUUAUCAGGAGCAGCCAGAGGUGCAGAGCUCCUUUGCUGAAGCCAUGCUAGACCUCACUCAGUCCAGUAAGGUGGUGGAGGUUAUUCAGAGAGGAGAUCUGUUGAGAUCGCUGCGCAGCCUGAGAGAGGUGCAGCCCUGGAGUGCACCUCCCCUUCUCGCUCACUUACACAGGCUGUACGAGAAGCAUGGGGAGUCGGCUGUACGAUCGUUUUCCCAGUUCUACCCUACGAUAACUCCUGCUGACGUGAUGACCAUGGCUCAGCAAAGCCACUUCCUGGCAUACCUGGAUAAUCUGGUGCAAUCACAAAGCGAAGAGCACAGGUUGUCUUUUUUGCAGUCCCUUCUUGAACCAGAGUCACUGAGACAGGACUGGCUGGAGUUGGCACUUACCCAUGAUGCUCCUCAACGCUGUGAUACCCUGACCCCUGAUGGACAGCCCAGGUGGCAUUCUCACUGUUUCAGUUGGGGUUAUGGACGCCUGCUGUCUCUCCUGAUUCGUCUUCCUGCAGACUUGUCUUCCAAGCAGAAGAUGGCAGAGACGUGCCGCAGUCACGGGUACUGGAUGGGUUACGUCCAUCUCUGCUGUAAGCUGCAGCGGCGCACUGAAGCGUUCUCCACCAUCUGUCAGCUGGAUGAUAUCAGUCUGCUGCAGGAACCUGAAGGUGUGGAGCCUCAGACCUUGGAUGAGUGGAAGCUCUUGAUCCAGUUAUCUCAGCAGUGCAGCAAUGUGGGAGACUCGGAGCAGGUCACCGGUAUGAAUGGAAGCAGCUGGUCCAACGGCUCAGACUGUGGCAGGAAGAUCAGCCCAGAGAGCCUGACUCUGAUGCUGGCUCGGACAGCCGGACCUGACCGCGCCAUGGCCGUCCUGGAGGAGCUUGGAGUGCAGCUGGCUCUUUCCCCACACUCCCAACUGGUCUGUGAGCUGCUGAGAGUCACUGAGAAGAGGCAGAGAGCGAUGAUCCAGACGAUGCUAGAGCGCUGUGAUCGCUUCCUGUGGUCUCAGCAUGCCUAACUGAAGAUCAGGAGCUUCUCUACAAGACUAUGACUAACACUGUAUGUAAAUCUCCACAGUAACUGCUGUUGAUUAAUUUA